AUGGCACAGAAGAGAAUUGACAGCUUCUUCAGCGUAGGUCCAAAAACUGGGCUGUCUGAAAAAGGCACCGAUGCAACCGAGCCUAGUACAUCGCCCGGUACGUCUGGUGUGAAGGAGGGUCCUGAACCUAUGACUUUAGAUAAAGAUGAGCUCGUGGGGAUUGCGUACAGUCCCGAUGACUUGUAUCCUGAUCCAGCAAGGUUAACAAAGGCUUCAGAUGACUCGAUAAAUGUGAAAGUGCUGAAAACAACAAAGAAUGGGCCAAAAGAAUGGGCCAAAGUUUCCGUCAAGGAGAAAACAUUCAUCAAUACCCCAGUAUCAAAAUGGUCUAACCUUGGAAAGUACAUCAAGAGACAUACCGAGCCUGGUUCGAGUCAUCAUAGCUGCUGCGCUAGUGCUAGUGGUUUUAUGAAAAUCAUCGAAGGGAAACAAGCAAGCAUUACAGCACAACUGUCGAGAAACAAAGUCGAAACUGUUGCUAAAAAUAGCCAGGUGCUUAGAUCUGUUAUAAAGGUCAUCAUUCUGUGCGGUCGACAAAAUAUUCCACUUAGAGGUCAUGAUGACAACAAUAGUAACUUUACUGUCCUGUUGAAAGACAAGGCCAACAGGGAUGAAAUCCUGAAAACACACCUGUCCUCUAAAUCUAAGGUUACUUACACUUCGCCUAUGAUCCAAAAUGAAUUAAUCACUUUGUUGGGAAAUAACAUAAAAGGCAAGAUAGUUCAGCAGUGCAACGAUGCUAUUUGUUAUUCAUUUCUUGCAGAUGAAGCUACUGACGCGAGCACUAUGGAACAAAUUGCUAUGUGUGUAAGAUAUUAUUCUGAAACUGAACAGGACGUGCGUGAAGACUUUGUGGGCUUUGUGCAAACAGAAUCUACAACAGGAGAGGCUCUUUUUAACAAGUUUAUUGAGGGGCAGCGGGACACAGGAUUAGACAUCUCCAAGAUGAGGGGACAAAGGUAUGAUGGGGCCAGUAAUAUGUCUGGUUGUCAUCGAGGUGUGCAAGCUCGGGUCCAGCAAGUAGUUCCCCAAGCAAUGUAUGUGCACUGCAAAGCCCAUAGCCUUAAUUUGUCAAUUGUGCAUGCCUGUAAAGAGGCACUCGUCAGAAACUUGUUGGACACAGUACAACAAAUCGGAUUUGCUUUCAAGUACUCUGCCAAACGUCUUUUAGAUUUCAAAGAGGAGCUUGGCAACGAUCCCGUGGCACAGGAAGAGAUGCAGAAGAGAACACGUCUUCAAAGUCUGUGUGAGACGCGAUGGGCUAGUCGGGCUGACGCACUUUACACUUUCAAAGCUGCAUACACAUCAAUUGUAAGUGCACUGGAGGUGUUAGAACGAGAGGGAGACUCAAAAGCACGGAGCUACAGAUGCAGUAUCCUUGGGUUCGACUUCAUCAUCUCUCUAGUUGUGGUUGAAUUCGUCCUCCAGGGUGUUAUGCCUCUAAACAAGCUGCUACAGAAGCAGAAUAUCGACUUGAUCGAAGCAGCCGAGUUCUUAUAG